GUUCGGAACGCGGAAAGCCAAUAGAGGCUGUGCUCAAAUGGCGUGACAGCAUAUUUGUCCUGCUACUUAUAUAGGCGUCUCCAUCUGUGUCACCAACAUCUCUAGAGCCUUCUCUGCCCUCGUCGUCGCCCCAGCCCAGGAUGUACCGGCGUACCAUCGAGGAGUACGCUUCCUCGAUCGCCGAGAAGAUUCGCAAACAUUUAUAUCCGGAAUCUGACCGAGAGCCUCUGAUCCACAUACUAGAGAAGAUCAGGCAAUUGGCUAGAGAACGACCACUGGCCUCGGCUGGUGCCUUCGCAGUAGAGGCAGACAAUAUUAGGGAUCUCGAGCGAGAUUGGCCACUGGGGCUUCCGUUCACCAUAGUUCCAUACAUCGGGGGCGAAUGGGCCUUUAACGUAGCUAAUCAACUACGAAGCAUCGUCGCAAACCUCGAGACUGCAUAUGAGAACAGCUACGCCCCCAGGAACGCCGACGACGUCUUUCGGGUGGAGAAAAUACUCCAUGAGCACAUAGGAUUGCCCCUCCCGCUCGUCUGGCAGAUCAUUGAGGACGCCGAAUACUGGGUUCGCUCUGCGGGGAGCUGCGCACACCUGACCGUCACCUCAGACGAUGAUACAGUGCAGGAAUCAUUGUGCUGCAAGGCAAUGAUACCGUCCUACGUGAAGGACUACAAACCGCUGCGCAGGAUCGUAUUCACAAUAUACUCGCACGAUCAAGGUUGGCAAGACGAUGAUGAUGAUACUUCCUGGACCUGGUUCGAAGCAGGAAGCGAGGCCGCCGGGAGGCGGGUCAUCGUACACAACGUUCUCGCUUCCCGGGACGUCUGCAUGCACCGCAUCCACUGGGAUCUCACUUCGCCCGGCGGCACGAAGGGCUCCAAGCUACACGAGUGGAUGAGUUGCUUCACGGGCGGACAGGAACUCUCCGUCUUCGCCUGCGCACAGUAUGAGGAGUGGAAGAAUCACGUUCGACAGGUGGUAGUGGAAGUUUACUGCGCUUGUGUGUAGUGGUGUCUAUGUAUCAAGUCUCCCCAGACAGACGUGACCAUUUCUUUGACGUCGACGGUCAUAUUUCAGAGUAUUCUUGUCUGACACUUGAGAACGACAUUGAAAUUCUUCGGUGGACAUUUGCCAGACCCCGGGCCUCUUGUGACUCUAGCAUACUUACGUAGUAUGUACUAAUCAGUACUCUGGUAUUUUUGAA